CUAAUGUCGCUGAAGCAAGUGAACAGUUCGGUGAGUAUUGUGUCAGAAGAGGGAUGCCACUCUCUGUUUAUCAUUAGUCUUAUUUCAGGGAAGUCGUGAUCUACUGGUUGGAGAGUUUGACAAGGUUGUUGGUUCGAGUCUCGGGCAGGAAAUAUCACGACUGAGGUGCCCUAGAGCAAGGCAUUGAACCCUAAAUGGCUGCCCACUGCUCCGGGUCAGCUGGCCAAGGAGCUCAAACAGCAGGACUGUCCUCAGUAUGCUGCCUUCUGUAAUCUCGCCAUGGCCCGCUGUGAGCAGACCCUGUUCAACGCACCAGGAGAAGCCCUGGCUUUGACUGAUGCAGCCAGACUCUUUCUGGCCUCAGAACAGGAAACCAGAGCACUGAGGGCUCCCGGCUUCGAUGAGAACAUGCAGGCAGCCAUGAACUGCUAUAGUUUUGCUAUUAAGGUCUAUAUUGAGAUGAAUCAGCCUGUUAUGGCGGCCAGUCUCUCACUGGAGCUUGGCAAUGCUCUGAAGGAGAUGAACAGACCCGGGGAGGCGAUAGUUCACUUCCAGAGAGCCGCAGAACUGCAGAUUCAGACUCCGAUUGAGGCCCUGCAGUCACUGUGGGAAAUGGCCUCCUGCAAAAUACUGACCCGUGAUCAUGAUGGCGCUCUUGCUGUUCUUUCUGAAAUGCAGCACAUGAGCCAGGAAAGAGGACUACAGCUACCUGGGACAAAUACCCCUGUCGGAGCAUAUAUGGAUAUCAUAGCAAAGUGCGAAAUCUGCAGGGUUUUACUUCUUAUGUUGCUUGAGCCUCCCCCUCAAAAGCUGUUACCCGAGCACGCUCAAACACUAGAACGAUAUGCCUGGGAAUCCUUCGACUCACACAGUCAGGUAAACUUCCUUCCAGAAAAUGUGUUCCUCCUCCUGCAGUCGGUUGUGAUGGCCUGUCAGGAAAAGGAUACAGAAUCUCUCAAGGCUCUCCAGACAGAAUUAUGGCCUCUCCUUUCGGCAGAACAGAAUCAUCUCCUCCAUUUAGUGGUUCAGGAACGAAUUACACCCUCCGGUCAGGGCAUAUGAUUUGGUAGCAUACACCCCCACAAAACAGUUCUUAUUGGAACAUUCCUGAGCCAGUGCCUUGUGCAUUUUGCAUGAGGACUGUAGAAGGUCGCUGAACCUAGCAGAGCUGUACAUACACCUAUGAAAAUGCCUAAAAUAACAGAAGGUUUAUUUGCUUUUGUAAUAAUGAAUGUACAUUUUAUUCCCCAUUUUCAUAUAACGGUAAGAUAUUGUAUGAAAAAGGUAAAUGAUUAUGUUGAAGCUGUUAUGUUGAAAAGUUAAAUAUUGAUGUAAAUAAUAAAAGAACAAAUGAGUUUCUUAUGGCAA